CCUGCAUCCAUGCUGCCCUCUUAAAGGGCCUGGCGGCAUUCUUUUGCAGCCUCCUUGGUUUCCCAGACUCUUUCGGCAGCCUCCAUGGCACCCAAGAAGAAGGGCGGGCGCAAGAAAGAAGAGGCCCCCAAAGAGCCCGAGAUCGACGAUGCCAUUGUGCCGGAGCAUAGCCGGGAGUUUUACUUGAUCCAGAUUCGGGAUCUGGAGAGACGAUUGGCACGAUAUCAGAAGCGAUGGGACGAGUUGCAGGUGAGCGAGGAGCUCUUCCGGUCCGAAUACGAGAAGAUGCUGCACGACAACAAGGAGAUCGUGGCCUUCUUGAAGAAGACGCUCAACCAGCGGAUCGACGAGAUCGCCGACCUCAGCGACCAGCUACAGCAUUUGCAACAUGCCAAAGACAUGGAGAAAGACGCCUUUGAGGCCCAGCUGGCCCAGCUGAGGCACGAGUUCCAAGAGACGAAGGAUCAGCUGAUGUCGGAGAACAUGGUGCUAAGUGGGAAGCUGGCCGCUCUGGAGGAAUUCCGGAUCCAGAAACAUGAGAUCUUGGCCAAGUUUGCUGAACUUGAGGGACAACUGAAGAAGCAGGAGGAGGAUCAUAAAGAGGUCAUCUAUCACCUGGAGAAGAAGGCGGUAUUGGAUAAAGAGAGACUGAAGAAGGAGAUGUUGCACCGCGUCAACGCUGUGGCGGCAGAGUUCCGGAAGGUCUCCAACAGCCAGAUGGCAGAGACGACCAAGCGCACCAUCCGGGAGAACGUCACCAUCAGCCUCCAGCUGACCAAAAUCACCGAGCAGAGCCUGCAGCUCCUCCAGGAGAAUGACCAGCUCAAGGCAGCCAACGCCGAAGUGCUCAAGCAGGUCCAGUUGCUGGAGCAGAACGAGAAGAAGCUGGCCAAGAACAGCCUCAGUAACCAGAAGAUGAUUGUGAUGCUCACUGACAAGUGCAAGGAGCUGCAGGAGCAGGUGGACAAAUACGCGAAGCAGAAGAAGGUUAUGGAAGGGCUCCAAGAGGCCAACGAAGAGCUGGAGCAGAGGAAUCUAGUGCUCCGAGAGGAGCUGAACAUGCAGAAGGAGGAGCUUCAGCGCAGAGUGAGCAGCACACAGGACCAAGAGAGGGCCCUCCGGGAAGAGCGGCAGCGCCGGAUGACUGCGGAGAGAGUGUUGAGGCAUGCUGCUCAGGGCCUCGAGGAAGUGAUGUUUGACCGUCCAUCCAUCGAGGAGCAGGAGGGCCGUUUUGACGUGAUGUACCACCUGCGGCGUAACGACAUGUUGCAGGGUGUCAUGAGGGACCUGAAUAAGGGCGUCACGCAAAUCGAGGAAAAUCUAGCCCUCCGGCCAUACCUGCUGGAGACGAAACUGGUGAAGAUGACUGCUUCUACAGAGGAUGGCCGUUCCCGCGAGUCGUUCAUGCGUCUCAAGGCAUCUCGUUUCAUGUCGCACUGCAACUUGUUCAAAAUCCCCAAGCCCUUGGCAAUCCACAGUAUGCCCUCGCUGGGCCGCUUCGCCCGGAAACGUGAAGAGGUCCUCCGUCCCUAUUCCAGUGCCACAGAGCCGCUGAUGACGGUAUACAGAGAGAAGAGCGAGGAAGAGGUCAAGUCACCGGAAAAGGAAGUCCUUCGGGAGGAUCCUGGCCUGCCAGAAACGGUGGCUGUGCCCAGCAAGGAGGAACAGGUCGAGGGGUAGCAAGAGGAAGGAUCCCAAGUCUCAUUUCCCGAGAUCUGCUUCUGUCUCUCCGAAAGACAACGGCACGCAGAGCAGGGGGGCCAGGACCUUUUUUGAGUGGGGGGGAUGGAGUGGUGCGUGCAAAGCUGCCUUAAAAAACAGUUGUGGAGCCAUUUGACUCAGAAAGGGGAUGUGAGCAAAGUGGUGCUCGGUCUGAGCCAGGGUGGCCUCUAACAGGGAUUCCCAGAUGUUAUUGACUACAAUUCCCAGAAUCCCCAGCUGCAAUGGCUUUUGCUUGGGGAUUCUGGGAGUUGUAGUCCACACCAUCUGGGAAUCCCUGUUACAGGGAACGCCGGUCUGAGCUCACCCAAAUUCCUAGGCCAAGCUUGGUUUACCUCCUCGGAAAUAGCAACGGACACCCCGUGGGUGGGCCAGGCCUUUGGCAGAGGCAGGAUCGGGUGAGGACGGCGGGUCCUCGCCUGCCUGGGGUCGAGGCUCGACGAUCCCCAUUGGUCUUAAAUAAAAUGGAAGGUGCGCUUCAGUUCUCCA